CGAAGCAACCAAAACAAACGUGAAUGGACCAUGUUGGCUCGCCAUAUCCACGACUAUAUUGAAUCCUUACAAGACCAACCGGUGGAGGUCCACAUUGAGCGCUCCCAGGCCAUCAUUAGCUAUCCCGACGGUAUAUACUCGCUCUUAUGGUGGGUUGAACCCUCUUGAUAAUCAGUUCCCUUGCCGAGUCGAUAUAUGUUUCAGUCAAAAUCGACGAGCUGCUCAACUUCUUUGCUGCGUCGCGGCCACUGGCGAAUAA